AUGCUUUCGCACCAGUCGAACGAUUCAGGAAAUUCCAGCAUUGUCGUUGGAGUUCACUACCGCGUCGGUAGAAAGAUCGGGGAAGGAAGUUCCAGUGCAAUUUUCGAGGGCACGAAUCUUAUAAAUUUGCAACCUGUCGCCAUUAAAUUUGAAGCGUGGAAGUCCGACUCCGUGCCUCAACUUCGGGAUGAAUUCCGGUCUUAUCGUAUCCUGUCAGGCUGCGUCGGCAUCCCUCAAAUUUACUACUUUGGUUACGAGGGUCCCGACAAUAUUCUUGUCGUCGAUUUGCUAGGACCAAGUUUAGAAGAUUUAUUUGACUCGUGUGGACGGAAGUUUUCCAUCAAGACCGUCGCAAUGACGGCUAAACAGUUGCUAACUCGAAUACAAACAAUCCACGAAAAGAAUCUUAUUCAUCGCGAUAUAAAGCCAGACCAUCUCUUAAUCGGACUGCCUGGAACAAAAGCCGUGGAUAUUAUUCACCUUGUCAAUUUCGGAUUGGCAAAGGUAUACCGAAACCCCAAGACGGCACAACACAUUCCUUACAGUGAGCAGAAGAGUCUGAUUGGCGCCGCUUCCUAUAUGAGUAUAAAUACGCAUCUGGGCCGAGAGCAAUCACGGCGAGAUGACUUAGAGGCACUUGGCCAUGUCUUUAUGUACUUUCUCCGAGGUAGCUUGCCCUGGCAGGGACUGAAAGCAGAAAACAGACGCGUGAGAAUUGGGGAGAAGAAGCAAUCCACUCCCAUCGAUGAACUUUGCGUGGGGUACCCAGAAGAGUUCGCUGUUUAUAUGCUCUAUGUGCGAAAACUGGAGUUUGAUGAAACUCCUGAUUACGAUUUCCUGCGCCUACUUUUUACGAAGAUUCUCAAGCAUAUCGGUGCAAUCGAGGAUGGCGUGUAUGACUGGCAUCUCCUGCAUAGUGGAAAGGGACGGGAGGCUAAUUCAGUGCGCCGAAGCCUUUUCUUACCUCCUACCUCGCUGAUCAUUGCAUUUCAGACCCCGGGUAGAGCCUCCGUCGGGUUCUGGGCCAGUGGUUUUCCAGGAUCUUGGUUCCCGACCUGA